GACAGGCACCAGCAUUAGCUGCCUCACACACUUUACUGUACAUGCCUAUGAGGGGAAAGUAGCCUCUGCAACGCCAGACACACAGACACUUUAAUGACAGACAGAAAGUGAGUGAUAUUGUCAGAAAGUGUAACCUACAUUUACACAUGAGCUGUGCGUAUUGAUGUGCACUUCUCCAAGACGUCGGAGGUGGGAGCUGUGCGCAGGACAACACGAGAUUUAACCAGCCUCAAACAAGCCGUGGUACACUUGGAAAACUCUGCCAUAAGACAGAGCGACACAUGCAAAGAGAAGAGACUAAAGCUGGACUGAAAUCAAGGCCAAUCAAGAUCGUUUCGACUUGGUUUUAAAGCGAAAAGGAGACGAUUUUGAAGAAGGGAGAGGGCAUUUAGAGUCAUACCUGUGAGGCUGUGUGCAUGGAAAUGUGCUGACAUCAGAGCCCAGGGGACAGAGGAGGAUGAGGAUGCUGCAGUGACUGUUCAGAAGAAGCUUGGUUUAAAAAGAUUGUAUCAGGCUGUCAGUGUGGAGUAGCGCUGGAUGCUGCAGGGCGGCAGUGUGCUGUGGGAAGUCCCUGAGAGUGCAGAGAGGCAAAGUGGCAGUCAGUCACAGAGAGACCCUUAUUUAGAGAGAGGACUGGCACUCUUUCAGUGAAGGAUAUAAAACACAGUCUCACACCUCUGCCUCAUUGCACAGGUGUGUUCGUUGUGGCAGCACCUCAGGGAUUUGAAGGAGGCAACAGCUGGGGUUGGUGCUGGCAUGAUGAGAGUGGUGGUGUGGUUGGCCCAAGAGUGGGCCUGGCAGGCUGUUCUCCUGGUGACUGGACUGGCAUCACUGAGCCGUGAGUCUGAUGCCAACAUGCUGGACACUGUGCUGCUGAAGAGUGGAUGGAAGGGGGAAUCAGAGCGAAGAGGGGAGGAGAGCAGCAACACAGCCACAGUUUCAACACAGUACAUGCUUCGGUGCCACUGCUUCCCUAGCUCUCACUGCUCUGAAGACAGCGUCAACAACACUUGCAAGACGGAAGGUGGUUGUUUCGCCAUGGUGCAGGAGGAGGGAAAUCAGCCUCUAUUAAGUGCAGGGUGUUUGGGACACCACGGCCUUCGGUUCCAGUGCAGAGACAUUGAGAAUGCAUCUGUCAGGAGAGCCAUUGAGUGUUGCAGAGAUCAAGAUUAUUGUAACAGGAACUUGCAUCCUACUCUUCCUCCGCUCAUGACAUCAGAUUAUGUGGACAGCAGUAUGCAGAACGUGGCACCCUUGAUUUCAGCCGUAGUCUGCAUCAUCAUCCUUGGUCUCAUCCUCGUCUUCUGCUACUUCAGACACAAGCGCCAAGAGUCACGGCCACACUACAGUAUUGAUUUGGAGCAGGAUGAGACCUACAUCCCCCCUGGAGAGUCUCUGAAAGACCUGAUGGAGCAGUCCCGCAGCAUCGGGUCUGGCUCGGGGUCAGGGCUCCCUCUACUGGUGCAGCGCACAAUUGCCAAGCAGAUUCAGAUGGUUAAGCAGAUUGGGAAAGGCCGGUACGGAGAAGUGUGGAUGGGCAGAUGGAGAGGAGAGAGAGUGGCUGUCAAAGUCUUCUUCACCACAGAGGAGGAGAGCUGGUUCAGAGAGACAGAAAUAUAUCAGACCUUCCUGAUGAGACAUGACAAUAUACUCGGAUUCAUAGCAGCUGACAUUAAAGGAACUGGCUCAUGGACUCAGCUUUACCUGAUCACAGACUACCAUGAGAAUGGAUCUUUAUAUGACUACCUCAAGUCCAACAGCUUAGAUGUCAAGGCUCUGCUGAAACUGGCCUACUCCUCCAUAUCAGGCCUCUGUCACCUGCACACAGAGAUCUAUGGCACACAGGGUAAACCAGCCAUCGCACACAGAGACCUGAAGAGUAAAAACAUACUGGUUAAAAAGAACGGAUCCUGCUGUAUAGCAGACCUUGGGCUAGCUGUAAAGUUUAACAGUGACACCAAUGAGGUGGAUAUCCCUCUCAACCUACGAGUUGGUACAAAGCGCUACAUGCCACCUGAAGUGUUGGAUGAGACUCUGAACAGAAGCUACUUCCAGUCAUUUAUAAUGGCUGACAUGUAUAGUUUUGGCCUCAUUGUUUGGGAGAUGGCCCGAUGCUGCAUCUCUGGAGGCAUAGUAGAAGAAUAUCAGCUGCCCUAUCAUGACCUUGUGCCCACUGAUCCUUCUUAUGAGGACAUGAGAGAAGUCGUCUGCAUUAAGAAACAAAGACCUUCAUUUGCUAAUCGGUGGAGCAGUGAUGAGUGUCUACGACAGAUGGCAAAACUGAUGUCGGAAUGCUGGGCUCACAACCCAGCCUCUCGUCUCACAGCCCUGAGGGUGAAGAAGAACCUGGCGAAGAUGUUAGAGUCCCAAGACAUCAAACUGUGACACUGAGUCAAGAGACUCGAUACUGCCACUGGCACAGUGCCACUUACUUUACAGUGGCCAGAAAGGGAAAAAAGAGACUGUGAAUGAUCAGACAAAGGAACCUGACAGGGAGGAUGAGUGGUGGAGGUAAUGGUGGACAGGGACCCAAAAAAUGAGGCAAGAUUUAUUGGGUCAGGGGAGAUCUGACCUCCCAUUGCCUGAGUCACCUCUGUCUCAGACCAAGUGUUCAGAUUGUGCUUUCUGUGAAAGCUGGGUAGCUGCCAGGUCCAGACUAUGCAGGUGAGCAGGCAAACUGGGAGCCUUACAGAAGAAGACUAAAAAAAUCCCUCUUAUCAGUGCUAUACAGAGGAAGCUCCUGCCCUGCUUUUAUAAAGCCAUAUAGCAGUAUUCCAUGUGCAGUCUUUUGUACUGUCACAGCUGCCUUAUGUUUUUGGACUCAGUCACUGCACGUUGUACUAUCACAGCAGAUUGUAAACUAUUUUUUAUGUUCAGUGUCAGUUCUAUCCAUACAGACUGUUGUCCAUCCAAAGAAACGUCAAGCUCAUUGAGCUCAUUGUCAGAUGUUACUAUAGCAAAACAUAGUUCAGCAUAAAUUCAUGAAAAAAGCAUUUAAGGCAGAAAUAGAUUUUUCUGUACAGUAUUUCAAAGGACUUUUUAUUUCAACAUGAAACUAAGACCUCUGGGUUAAACAGUUAUAUCGCUGAUGGACUGGAACUCUUCAUUCCACUUACAGUUCAUUUGUAAAUACUGUACUUGAGCUGAACUCUAUUAAUAAUUAUUGCCUACCACCAUGGCAUAUGGCUUAUUUAAUCUGUAUAUAUGUGCUCAUCAGUGUAUGAGUGGAUGUGGAUAACAUUCCCUAAUACAUCAAUUGUGUUUUGAAGGCUAUUUUUAUCAAACACUGAUGCAAGAUUUGUUUACUCAAGCUCAUAAUUCAAACAAAAAUACUUUCUGCUCAAUUUUCAAUAUUGUAUAUAAAUAUAAUUUAUUAUUAGUCUUAAAAAUUCUUUCUUACACUUUGUACAAUAACUUGACAGAUGAAAUGCAAGCAAGGAACAUUAUGAGUGCCAGAAAGAGAGUCUACAUUCUCACUAUACACAAUAAUAAUCAUGAAGCUGAACAACUAGGAAAUGCAAAGGCUAGCCCACUGAGAAUGUAAAGAUUGUUUCAAAGAGAUGCAAAGUUUGCAUAGACGGCUUUACAAAAACUGGGACAACUGCUGUAAAAAAAAAACAACAAACCAAAACACUUGAACAGUCACAAGUGCUGCUGCAUCAAAGGAAUGUUGCAUUUACAACUAUC